AUGCCAGCAACAGAGGACGACAUUUACGAACUCUGUUUUUGGGCGGGUAGGAAGGAUGGGAAAACCUCAGGAGGCAAGGUACUCACGGUGACACUCAAGAAAUAUCUGCAAGGGUUGAAAGCUUGGCACCUUUUCCACAAUGCACCUUACCCAACAGCCUCAGGGGCAAAAGACGCCUCGGAAGAGGCUGGUCAUGAUUCAUCAUCUAGUUAUGCCAACGAGCUAUCAGGCAGGGACGAAGCCGACCUUGCGAUUCUGGAUUUGGCGCUGGUGACUUUCUGGAGCUUGGCAAGACUGGGUGAAGUGACGCAAGACCCGAGGAAGGGAGAGUCCCAAGGCGUAUUCCCUGGCAAUGUGAGGAUCAGCAGCAACAAUAGCUCGGCCACCAUGGAACUAAAAGAAUCAAAAACGGCACGCCCUGGUGAAUCACAAUUCCUGAAGUUGUGGAGCAUGCCAAACCUUCUUUUGUCCCAUUAA